GAAAAUACUGCAGGUAAAACAUAAGGACCAAAAGCUUCACGACUACACUGAACAGUUCCAAUUAUUCCAGUGCAUCUUAAUUAAGUCAAUGUAGAAGAUUUAUGCUGAUGCACGGUUGAUACACGUGUCAGUUAAAAGAAAGUGAAGUUGAUUUGCAAAUAAGAUAUCAGUUCCAUCCUCGUCAUGUCUCUCAGUGUGAAAUUGUAGUUGUGAGUGAGAGCUAAGCAGUUGGAAUCAGUGUAUAUGUUGCAAGAUAGUAGUGGAUGAUCAUGACAGUGGUGCUUAUGAUAUACAUAUCUCAAUGUGCUAAAUCUUAAUCUGACUGAAGAGACUGUUCACCCGUCACCCGCAUGUGCAAUUCCGGUGAAUGCUCCGAUGAUGAUCGAUCGUCUAUUUUAGUUCAAUUAUUCAGCAGACUGUGAAAGAUUGUAAACUACCGGUGUUUUGUCAUGUCGAAAAUUUCCUUCGACUCACCGACUUUCAAGUAGAUUCAUAGGAUUUACUUUUAUCUAGGGCUAUAAAAUUCUCUUCAGAAUCAACUACAAAAUCAUCUCUUACAUAAUUAUGUAGAAGGACAUAUAUAAUAAUUCAGUUUUCCAUUUUAUUUUCUUCAGUAUUACAAAAGCUACUGCAUCAGUCACAUCGAGGUUUAAAAUGAUGGGAAUAAGUAAUCCAGGACUUGAACUUUCCGACGAGAGUGGAGUGGCAGAUAUGAAUGAGACUCUGCCGAGACUCACAGAACAAUUUGAUGGUCCCGUCAAAGAAGAAAUGAAAGAAGAGAUGCAACUUGACAUGGAAAAAGUGUCAUCAAAGAAGUUGUGUGGUUGGUUUUGGUUCAGGCCUUCAUAUUUGCAGAAAUUUCGUACUGCCAAGUGGGCACUCUUUUGGCUUUGCUGGGCUGGAGCAAUGCAGGGAAUGGUUGUAAAUGGUUUUAUCAAUGUCGUCAUCACAACAAUAGAAAAAAGAUUUGGAUUGACAUCAUCAGAAACAGGACUUAUUGCUGGAGGAUAUGAUAUUGCUAGUUUCAUACUUUUAAUACCAGUUAGUUAUCUUGGUGGUCGUUCAAAAGCUUCCAAGCCCAAAUACAUAGGAAUAGGUGUUCUAGUCUUAGGAAUGGGAAGUCUUCUCUUCGCUUCACCUCAUUAUCUCGCACGCACUUACCAAGGCAGCCAGCAGACAGAAGUUGUAUGCCAGAAAACCAAUGAAACUUCAGUGUCGUCAAAGUGUGAUGAUCACUGGGGACCAACAGAAGGUGAACCAUUCAAGGGAUUUUAUUUGAUGAUAUUCUUGAUUGCACAAUUAUUACAUGGUGCUGGGGCUUCACCUUUUUACACACUUGGAGUGACUUAUCUUGAUGAAAAUGUUUCCAAGAAAAUGUCAUCAGUUUAUUUAGGAAUCUAUUAUACAAUGGCAGUGAUUGGACCCGCACUUGGAUAUGUAGUGGGUGGAGAACUCUUGAAACUUUAUACUGACUUUCUGACUGUAGAUGCCGGAUCAAUCGGAAUGACUCCAGAUAGUAAUGUUUGGAUUGGAGCAUGGUGGAUUGGAUUUGUUGGAGCUGCAGUUAUUUGUUUUGUUGUUGCCAUUCCACUGUUAGCAUUUCCUGCUGCACUUCCAGGUUCAGAAGAGUUAGCUAAAGAAAAAGUAUCAGAAGCACAUGAAAAAUCGACACCAUCAGCUAGUGCAACAGGAGAAGCAUUUUCCAAGAUUCGAGAGCUUCCUCGUGCUUUUACAGAACUGCUGAGCAAUCCUGCAUUUUUUAUGCUCAACUUAGCCGGUGCUAGUGAAGGGCUUUUGAUCUCUGGCUUCGCUGCGUUCCUACCUAAGCUUAUUGAAAAUCAGUUUAGUGUCACUGCAAGCUCGGCAGCAUUACUUAUGGGUCUAGUAACAGUUCCAGCUGGCGGAGGUGGUACAUUUCUCGGUGGAUACUUGAUUAAACGUUGGAAUCUACCUUGCUCCGGAAUUUUAAAAUUCUGUAUUUUUGCUACUGGUGCUUGUAUCAUCUUCACUUUGUGUUUCGCUCUUAGUUGUCCAAACUUAGAUUUCGCAGGAGUUACAGUAUCGUACACUGGAACAAUUGAAAAGUCAUACUCGUUAGAGGGUAUUUGCAACAGUGGCUGUGGGUGUACAACGUCUAAGUUUAAUCCUGUAUGUGGCGUUAAUGGAGUUACAUAUUAUUCACCUUGUCAUGCUGGAUGUGCCAGAGAAAUUCAAAAAAACGAUGUCAAGAUUUAUCAAAACUGUACAUGCAUCAGUGGGCAACCGUUCAAUCUGUCAAUGACAUCAGGUGAAACAGUACCCUAUGAAGCAAUCAAUACAACUUGUUCUAGUAGUUGCAAAUAUUUAUGGCUUUUUAUCUCCUUGGCAUUUUGUAACAUGCUCAUGACUUUCUUGUGCACAAUGCCAGCAUUAGCAGCAACUUUAAGAGUUGUAAGAGAGGAUCAAAAAUCGUUUGCGUUAGGUAUUCAGUGGAAUAAAGUCAGAAUUCUCGGAACGAUUCCUGCACCGAUGAUAUUUGGUGCUUUGAUUGAUGAUACAUGUAUUUUAUGGCAUGAGACGUGCGAAGGAAGAGGUGCUUGUCUCGUCUAUGACAACUAUUGGAUGAGCUGGUAUAUGUUCGGUUUGGCCUUCAUCGGUAAGACAGCUUCCUUAAUUUUCUUCUUCUUCGCUUGGUGGUGUUACGUACCACCUGGAGGGCGAAGAGUUGCUUCUGAUCUCAGUCAACAACCUACAGCAGCAGUUAUUUCAUGUGAAGAAUCGAAUCAUGCUAUUUCAUCUCCACAGAAUUCCAUAAAUCCAUCAAUUAAUUCCUAAAAUAAAAGAAAAUUAAUUAAAGUAAAUAAAAAAUAGCUAGAGAACUAAUGGAGGAUAACAUUAAGAAUGUUAUAAACAUUAGAGAAAUAUAGGUAGUCAAUUUUUGGUAUCACUUUCGUGGUAAAGACUGAGUCAGAAGAAAGAUAAUUGAAAGACAGAUAAAAGAUGACAUUUUAAUAUUAUUUAUAAAAAAUAUUCUAUAAAAUUAUAAAAUAUAAAAACGUAUGAGCACAUGUAUUGUGAGAGAUAAAAUAAUGGCUUGUCACUGCCAUUUAAAUCGACUGACAAAAAUUUGGCAAAUGUUUUCUGUUAGGCAAAUUUUAUUUUUACAUGAGUAUAUAUAGUUAUAAAAAUUAUCCAGAUGAUUAUAUAUGAUUAUAUAAAUGUGA